AUGGACACAAAGCAAAUUGGAGUUUGUCUUGUAUCCAAAAGUAAUUGCCCGAUUGAUACGAGUUGUGACAACAAUAUGAGUACUAGUAACGACUUCGACUGCUGCAUCUGCUACCAAGUGCCGGUAGAUCCAGUAGUGACUCUCUGCGGCCACCUCUUUUGCUGGCCUUGUCUUUACAAAUGGCUCAACAAUUUCUCACAAUCCAAACAAUGCCCUGUUUGCAAAUGCCGCGCCGAAGAAAACAAUUUGGUUCCCCUUUUUGGAAAAGGAAGAUCAAAAUCAUCAUUGUCAUCUUUGUCAUCAGAUUCUAGUAGCAACAUUCCCGACCGUCCAAUCGCUACAAAAAUUAUAGCUCAUUCACAAACUAGUACUACUACUACUGCUGCUACACAUGAUCAGAAUCAUAACUUGGGAUCUAACAGAGUCAUGACAAGGUCAUCUACACAGAUUAAUACCCGUAGACUAGUACAAGUUCAUGCCCUUAAUGGUAUCGUCUUGGCUGGCUUAGUGGCAUUCAUCAUUUUCUACUUUCUUAACUCUGUAACGACCUUGUCAUCAGUCGAGAGUGCGAUCGUCGGCGCUCAGAUGUUUGGUGCUGGCUACGCUAUGGGCGGCGUUGUUGCAUUCGUUCUAGUUGUGUUUUCGGACAUUCAGAUGCGGAGAUUGCUUAGCUAUGUCUUCUAUGUCGUCUUUGUCGACAUUCUUGGUUUUGAUGGUCCCCACAUGGAUAUUAUUACACAUGAUGAUAAUUAG